GCACGCGAACACAAAAAAAAAGGAAAUAAAUAAAUAAAUAAGAAAGUGAAAAAGAUAAAGAAAAUGAUUUCAAUGUCCGAAUCGGACCCUGAGAAUGUUAAAGAUUAAUGGGUAGUUUUGUGUGUAAGAUGACCCAUCGAUGUUUCACAUGGUCGCUAAAAAAAAUAAAGAAGCUUCCUCUGCUUGUUCCCAACGGACCCUUUUCUUUCUUUUUUCGACACUGAAAGCAAGUCCUCCUUUUUUUAGGGUUCAUGAUUCAUUUCUUUUGAGAGUGUUUCAAUUUUCUUCUUCCAAUUUCUAUUUAUUUCUUUUUUCUUUUUGUUUUCCAUGUCGAUUUCAAAUCUGGGUUCUGCUCAAUUUCGUGUUUUCAUGCCGUGAUCACUGUAAUCGAAGUUUGGGGUUCUGCGAUUUUCUUGUUGUUUGCAGUAGUUUUUUUUUUUUUUUUUUUUUUUUCAAAGUUGGAGUUUUUUUUUUAGUUUCUGAUUUUCAUAAUGCCUAAUCCCAAUCAGGAUAUGCUAGAUCAGAGGAAUAAUUCUAGCAUAGAGGAUUCUGCAAUGACUAUUGAAUUCCUCAGAGCCCGGUUGCUUUCUGAAAGGUCUGUUUCGAGAAGUGCCAGACAGAGAGCUGAUGAAUUAGCAAAAAGAGUAGAAGAACUAGAGGAACAACUUAAAAUUGUUUCUCAACAGAGAAAGAUGGCUGAGAAAGCUACAGUGGAUGUUCUAGCCAUUUUGGAGAGCCAGGGAAUAAGUGACACUUCAGAGGCAUUUGAUUCAAGCUCUGAUCAGGAAACCCACCAGGAAUCCCAGGUGGGUUAUAAUUUCACAAAUGAAGAGGAGAGCCCUGUCUUUACUAAAAGAAGAAGUGAAUUGGAGGAAUUUUCAGGUUCUGACCUUGAUUCUUCUCCAGUAACUGGUAGAAGCUUGUCUUGGAAAGGCCGCAAUGAUUCUCAACGUUCUCGUGAAAAAUACAAGGAUCCAUCCAUGAGAAGACGGAAUGCAUUUGCAUACAUUUGCUCUUCUCCAAAACAUCGGCUUGGUACAUCUUGCCGCAAGAUAAGACGCAGAGACAACAGAACAGUAGAUGAAGAGUUCAAAGCUGAACAUCCUAAAUUCCAUUCUUCAGAAACUGGAGUUUCUGCCUCUAGAGAGAGUGUUCAAAAUUCCUUAGAUCAUGGGCCAGAGGUUCUGAGAGAAAGUUCUGAAAUCCCAGAAGUACCAGUGGAGGGUUCACUUUCAGGGAGCAUAGCAAAUCAAAGGACACCUGAUGAUGGCCUUGAUAGCAAUGGCCAUGGACGAGAUAGAGACAUGGAAAAAGCACUGGAGCACCAGGCACAACUCAUUGGUCGAUAUGAAGAGAUGGAAAAGGCUCAAAGAGAGUGGGAAGAGAAGUUUAGAGAAAAUAAUGCCAGCACAAUGCGGCUCCAUUAUUGGGUGAUACAGCAUUCAUUUGACCCUGGGAGCCACUCAGACAUCACUGAAGAAAGAGAUGAGGUGAAGGCACAAUUACCAUAUCCUGUUGAGUUAGGUGAUACAAAAGCCGAAGAGGUGAAGUCAAAGGAAAUUGAUGUUCUGAUAUCCAAGGAAUUGUCUGAACCAAAGUCCAAUGGUUUUCUACCACCUUCACACAUUAAUUUGGGAGGUGCAAAGGAUCGGUCGUCUAGUACCACUAGUGAUGCCAAAUUUCAAGCUCAAGAAUUUGCAAAGCCAAAUGGGAUUCUACCAUCUUCACAUGUCAUGGGAGACAAGAAUCAGACAAGUAGCAAUACAGUUGAUUCCAAGUUUCAAACUCAGGAAUUUGUAUUCCCUACAGCAAAGGAAAAGCAAAGUCAAGAAAUAAAGGAAAACCAAGAUCAUCAACCUCCAGAAAGUGCACAUCAUGACCGACUUUUGCAUGGCCAACUUGGUAACCAGUCACCAGAUGCUUCUUCAUCCGAUGCAGGUAGCAGUUUCCACAGAGAAGAUGGUUCAGGGAGACGAAAUGACCUCUAUGCGUUGGUGCCUCACAACCCACCUCAUGCACUGGGAGGUGUGCUGGAUGCCCUUAAAAAUGCAAAGUUAUCACUACAGCAAAAGAUGAAUGGAUUGCAACUGGCAGAAGGAACAUCAAUUGAUAAAGCUAUUGCACCUUCUGUUCCUGCUACAGGAGCUGGGGACAGAAUGGAGGUUCCUAUUGGGUGUGCUGGGCUUUUCAGACUACCAACUGAUUUUGCAGUUGAAGAAGCCACUGCCCGGACCAACUUGCUUGGUCGAGGGUCUCAGAUACCUUUAUCAAAGUUUUAUCCUGAUAAGGGGCUUGCGGUUACUGUGACUGAUCAAUUUAUCAAUGCCCCUUACAUGGAGACCAGAUCCAGUACUUUCUCCACUAGUGAUCGCUUUCUCCGCAGCCAUUCUGUAGAGUCUGAUUUAAGAGUUUCUUCUACUUUGAAUUCAUCUUUUGAUCCUUACUUGGAUACGGGCCUCUCUUCAUUCAACAGGUAUAAUAAUAACUACCCCACAUAUCCCUCUUAUCCUACUUUUCCCGAGCUAAUGCCACAGAUACCCCCGAACGGAGUAUUUUCAAGACACCAUUCUAGUAGGCACUUUGGAAAUCCGGCAGAUCAGUUGUCAUUUUACAAUGACCAUACUAGACAUAAUAUGUAUAUGUAGUAGCAUGUAGCAUACUGGUGUACCCAUAAAAGCUUUCCCAGCUCCAUCUUAGAAGAAAGUAAUGGUUUUGUAGAAUGGUUAUGUCAUAUUCCACAAUAUAAAUUUUCUGUCAUUCUUUUUCUGUUU